GAACGUUGAGAGUUAAUCUCUGGUGCGAAAGACUAUUUUGUUUUUCAGUAUAUUUUGUCCUCGAGAGAUGACUGCUCAUCGAACAAUGUCUUAAUUGUGUUAAUUACUAGACUAUCAUCUCUCACCAAAAUUUUCAAUCAAUCGCUAAAGUGCUUUGACGUCGACGACGCGGCAGUCUCUGUUCAGUAUCAAUCGUUAAAUUUUCUGAUUUAAAUUCAGCGGAGUUUUUGCUUUCGAACAAGUGUAUAACAGCUAAAUAAGACGUUCGACUCGGACCAACAUGGCGCCAAACAUUUUAAUAUUUACCUUCCUGUUUGGAUUGGUAAGUGCAAACGAAUGUGGCACCGUAAAAUACAUUGAACCACGAAUAGUCGCCGGAACGGAAAUAUCGAGAGGUGAAUGGCCGUUCCUAGCUGCAUUAUACUACAUUGAAGAGGCGAGAUUCUUUUGUGGAGCAACUUUGAUAUCUGCUGGACAUGUGCUCACAGCGGCCCAUUGUGUUCAACAGAAAAACUCCGUUCGAAAGUUAGCACCUGAGGAUGUCGUUGUACUUCUCGGUGCAUAUAAUCUUGACUCUAAGAUUGAAAGGGGCAUACAGCAAAGAGACGUUGCCGAAAUUCAUGUCCAUCCGGAUUGGAAAAUUUUCUGUGACAAAUAUGACGCAGACAUUGCAAUAUUCGUUUUGAGCAGUGCUGUUUGGUUCACUGAUUACAUUCGACCCGUCUGCAUUCCUGCCGAUACGGAGACUUUUCAUGAUAUUAAGGGAUCUAUAGUCGGCUGGGGACUUGCAGAAAAUACAACACCCGGCAAACACGAGUCCAUUCCCAGACACGCCUUUACAACGGCAUUGAAUGAUUCAUACUGCUACACAUCCGCAAGUUUUAUUGCUGCAAUUUCGUCAAUCCGAACGUUUUGUGGUGGAGGUGAAGGAGGAUCGCCCAAUAAAGGAGACUCUGGUGGCGGCUUCUUUGUAAAGUCCGGAUCAGUUUGGAUGCAAUAUGGAAUCAUUUCUGCGUCUGAAGUCGAUUCAAGUGGCGCUCUUGUGCCGGGCAUGUUUUCGGUGUACACAAAUGUAAAAUCCCAUUACAGUUGGAUCGACAGCAUUGUUCAAGGUUCUGUAGUUAAAAUGCUAACCGAGCCUCAUUGCAACUUUGAAUUCACGUCAUUCUAUACGUGUUCCGUGUGGGGAUCCAAUAUCACCGUUCAAGAUCUCGAGGUCAAAACAUUCACUGGAAAUCAUCUUGCUAGCUACACAAAUCAAAACGUAACCCAAAUUUGGUUCUGGCAAGGCAAUCUCGAAUACAUUCCCAACGGAAUCGGCCUCAUAUUUCAGCAUUUGGAUAAAUUUCUGGUUGGCUAUGACGAUACAAAUCUAGGGCUGAAGCAGAUACAUCGAUCCAAUUUUGAAAACAUGCAUUUAACGUUGCUGCAACUGCACGAUAGUUACAUCGAAACAGUGGAUACGGAUACGCUAUGGGACCUUGUACAUUUAGAAGUGUUUGUACUCGUAAACAGUCGCCUGAAAGUAUUGCCUGCGACGUUCUUCGAGAAAAACGUCAAACUGCGACAAGUUAAUGGAAAUGGAAAUGAAAUCGAGUAUUUGCCUUUGGAUUUGUUCAAGCACAAUCCGCUGAUCGAAGAGGUUUCGUUUAAAGAUAACAAAUUACGAUCAAUUUCAGCCGACUUUUCUGCCCUCAAAAUGGUACACAGCAUCGAUCUUCAUGGAAAUGCUUGCUUCGAUAGAGCUCUUAAAGACGUUCACAAUUUGUCAGAAUUUCAGGAUCUCAUUUGGUAUUACUGUUGAAAAAUAAAGAGCUUUUUUG